AUGGCAACCAAAUCUUCCUCAAAGCCUAACGACGGGCGUAGCGGCCUUCAGGAGCAAAAGUCGCGUUCGAUGGAUGUUUCUCGAACCUGGAUCCCCAAGAACGGCCUAUUGGGAUACUUCGCUCAUGACCGGUACGGGCUUCUCCCUCUUGUGUGCCUUGCCACGGCCACAGAGGGCCAUAUCGAGCAAUUGAGUGAUGAGAACCGUAUUCAACUGCGGAGCUCCACCGAGUGGGAGGUCAAUGAGGCCAUGGAGAAACUCAAUGGCCUCGCAUUGGUUAUGGCUGGUUCACUGGGAUACAGGGUAGAGGAUUAUACAGCUGUCAAUAGGUUGGCCUCUCAGCGUGUCCUGCUCGGUGCGACCACACCGGCUGGGGAAGUUCUGGGCAUGCAAGUCCCAGUGGCUUAUCGUUACAAUGCAGAAGUUCGCACAUGGGAAUUGCUUGAUCAACUGUGCAAUCCACCUUGUCUUGAUACUGCUAUUACAAAUGACCCCGAAAUGACUCAAGCAUGGGCAGACUUUCGCUUCCCAGCGGUAGGAAGCAACAAUGGCUCCACCGAAGCUCUUCCGUUAGCCUUCAAUCUCCGUCAGAGUGUCAGUGUUGAGACAGGCUCCAAGGAGCAUCUUUACUUGCGCUCUAGCAAGGCAGAUGAGCUUACUAAAUGGGUUCAGGACGCCAUGCCGCCAUCUGCAGGUGAGCGAACAGGUCCUCCGAGUUCGACUCUGGCCAGUGUUGAUGAAUCAGUGUCUGAAUUGAAAUCCUCGACCAAAGAGGUGACUGAGCCGCGCAGGUCGCGCGGUAUCAGAAAACGCAUGACUAGGGCUGCCUAUGAGGCGCGUCACAUCUCUCUUCUAGCUGCCCAGUCGUCCAGCUCGGCUCUUGUGUCUGGAUCACCAGUCUCUGCUCCUACAUCCUUAGAACAUAUAGUGACCCCAACCUCGUCUUUGGGCCCCCCUCCUGCUAAGACCUUCGAUGUUGCGAGCACCCCGAGGUCACUUCCCCGCCAAGCUAGUACCCUAGAGCUAUCCACGGAUGGAACGGUGAAUAAGACUAAUUCCAAGACUAUUCCCGCUUCCAAGUCAUCUCUUCGGGCGACAGCUGCCGCAUUUCUGAGUAUGAGAGGCAAGAAACCGAAUAGGUCUUUGCACGCAUCUACAUCUCUUCGACCAACAGCCGCAGUGUUUACUCCGGCCCUGCACCCUGGAGACCAGUUUGAGGCUUUUCUCACUUCACCGACUUUACGUGAGCCCGAAUCGCGGAUUAUGGUGUUAAAAGACCUGGCGGGUGCGGAAGAGGAAGAGGAUAUUCCGGUUAAGAUUACUGGCACAGCCUACGGAAAGAUAACCUGCCCGGUACCCGGCCAAGGAAUUCUGAUUGAUUUUGGAUCCCCGACAGCUUCUCCUCCUGGAAGCACUCGGCGAGGAACGGUUGAGGAUCAGAAUGUUCCUAUUGAUUUAUCCUGCCCUGUGGAAGCUGACAAUGUGGACGAAAGUCUUGUCAAUACCUGCCCUCUUGAAUUCACUGCUGAUGGAGAGCUGAUUGUUCAUGGACGGGAUAUUUUUGACAUCGAAUCCCCUCUACCAGCCCUAGCUGCCGAAGAGAGGGCCUGUCGCAUACAUUCCACGCCAGAUAAUCUGUCUUGGCUUGAGCAUCUACCUGGUACUUUUGACCGGUUGAAAUCCGGGGAGUCUGAAAUCAAUCUGUCUCCUGCGCAGGGGACUGCUACUUAUGAGUUCCUGUCCAUGUCGGAUUUUGAUGCUGAAUCCCAAGGUGAGAUCAUGCUCGAUUUGCCAGAUUAUCAUAUAGAGCGAAAGCCAAGCGAAGCAGAGGACAACUUCCCACUAGCUGUAUACAGCCUGAAGGAAAAUCUACCAAUUCUGAAAUUGCCCAACUCUCCAUCCCGGCUUGAUAAAGGAGGCAAAAGCAAAGAACGCGAAGUCGAAUCGCCCGGAGUCCCAGUUUUGCAUCAAACAAUGAAACAGAAGGCUGCGCCAAAUCCCAUCAAAACGGAUGUCAUGAAGCCUCAAGCUGUGACGGAGGCCAGUGGUAAUGCCGUUAUCUCAAAGGCAUCGGGUGAGGCAUCAAAAAGGCGAUACUCGUCUGCACAGCGCUGUACACCAAGCCUCUCUUUCGAACCACGGGCGAUUUCUAAACCAUCUCAGAUGCAGCAGAGACUAGCGGAUUCACAAAAAGAGCAAACAAAAUAUCUAUUCAACACCAUCGAGCCGCUCCUUGAUGCUGCCAAGUGGUAUCCAGGUCCACUGAGUCUGAGUAUUAAUAUUGGAUUGCUUUUGCUUUUUCAUAGCCCCAAUCUCGCGAAAAAGGAAGUUAUGUUUUUGGAUGACUUGAAGCAACAUCUGAACAACAGUCUUGGACCUUCUACCUGUAGGUUCUUUGACCGACUCACAACCUCGCCUACAGACGUUGACUACAUCAUCAAUCUUGAAGUCAACGAUUGCCACCUUUUCGACGAAAAGCCUGAAGAACAGACUUUCCAGUAUGAGUUCGAUUGCAAUUUCGGUGGGGAGCAGUUCUUGGUUGUUAUCGACCAGUCCCACAACAUCUCCAUUGCCAAAUCUCCGGUGCCUAUCGGGUCGGUCCACCUCAACGCUCCGGGUAGCAUAUGGGACGCUUCUCUUACCAUCUACGGUUCUGUGGGGCAUUUUAAUGCAGAUUUUACACGGGCCAAAGAAGCCGCGGAGGAGAUUGCCCGAAAUAUGUUCGUUGAGCCCGGCCGUACUCAUAUUCGUCUUGUACUGAGGACGCCGAAAGACUUAAAUAUCACCAAGGUUACUCUGCAGCGCACAACAAUCCACCGACACAUUCCACCCAAGGGCAUCGACUCCUGCGACACCGGUCCAUACAUGUAUCUGCGUGCCAAAGAAACUCAGGACCUCAUCAUAUCGGCCAAUUAUUUGGAGAAUAUCAUCACAGCCCACAGCGCUCCGCGGAAAGAAAUGGUGAAGGCUAACCGGCAGUGGUGGAGUGUCUCCCUGAUCUCUCCAAUAUUGAACGCGACGCUGCAUCGCAACUCAAUGGUUGAACCGGGUGACAAGACAACGGAAUGGACAACAAAGUGUCUCUUCGGGGAUGAUGCCGAGCACCUGUGGGAAACUGAGUUCUCUGAGCCCUUGCCCAAAGUCCCAGUUUCUAGUGUUGGAUCAGAUACAUUCAACGAGGUUACCAUUUCCUCUUCGAUUGGUUGCGCUGGGCUAGCUUCUCUUGUUCGCCUUGCAGAAACUGUGGUUAAGAACAUUGAUGCUGUCGGGGCAAACAAUGCUGGCCCACGUAUGAAAGUUUCCAGCCCAAUCAAUCGUCACGGCGAUGAAUCAAAUGACAUGGAUAAGUCGACUUCUCGGGAGAUUGCUGUCACAGAAAGCAAACGAGAUCUUGUGGCUGAAAAGCAAAUCCGAUUUUGGUGA